AUGGCGACGCGCCCACGCCGCCACAGCGUCGUGACGCUCCGACUUACGGUCACGUCUGACGACGUCUUCGGCGACCACAACUCCCCAACGCUAACCCCACGCACCAGAGUGCUGCCUCGGGGCAGAAACUACUUCGCCAGAACCCCAACGUCACCUCUACCUAGAACACCAACAUCCCCUCAACCCCGAUCCCCAUCAUCACCUCAUCGCAGAUGUCCAGGUUCGCCCCUACUAAAUCGUGCAUCCCCUUCACCCCUAUCUCCUCGAGAAUCAUCUUCACGGUUUCGAUACGACAAUGUCACGGAAGAAAGGGACGCGUCCCACGCAGGUUCGAGCACCAGCGGCCUCAUGAGGAGGUCUUCCCUCCUGACGGUGCCCCUCAUGGGGCACGACCCUCCGCCUGACCAGUUCCUGAGAGCCCCCAGGCAGAGGUCCUCUUCCUUGGCGGGCCCCCUCCACAGCCCGGACCUCAUCAGAUACCUGAACGGGGCGCGGGAGCGAGCCGCUGCCCCGCUGGGGCACGAGAGCUUCAGCCUCGGCAGCUCCGAGAACGAAGGGACCGACGACCCCAGCCCCGCCCCCCGCGCCAAACAGACCUCCUCGCCCGGUCUCGUCAUCGCAGUGGUUCCUCACAUCACCACUCUCGACAUCAGCACCACCGUCAGGCGUCCUCCCAAUACUCGCCAGGGGGCAAUACGGGACGCAGACCUCUGCACCGCAGCCCCAAGUCCGUCUCUCAUCGGUCCCCAUCCCCCUCUCCCCACUACUCUGAUCAGCCCCUAA